CUAAUCAAGAAACUUAUAAUGUGUGUCACUGGAUCACUGAAAUCCAUGGGGAUGCUUUGCAAAUCAAGAAUUUUAUAAUGAAUCAUUCCAUGAGGCUUGCAAUUUAUAAUCGGUUUAGCCCUUUGAAAUUGCUUUCAGUUGCUGACACUCGUUUUGCUUCUAUUGUUGUGAUGCUUAAAAGAUUUAAACUUAUUAGGCGUGCUUUAGAAGCAAUGGUUAUGAGUGAUCAAUGGGCACAAUACCGAGAAGAUGACCAAGGCAAAGCUAGAUUUGUUCGUGAUAAAGUGGUAGAUGAGGAUUGGUGGGAAAAGGUUGAUUACAUUAUUGCUUUUACUGGGCCCAUUUAUGACAUGAUCAGAGUUUGUGACACAGACAAACCAUGCCUUUAUUUGGUUUAUGAGUUGUGGGAUUCUAUGAUUGAAAAGGUGAAGCAAGUUAUUUUUGAUCAUGAAGGAAAGCAAGCAGAUGGGUUUUCUCCUUUUUAUUAUGUGGUUCAUCGAAUUCUUGUUGAUCGUUGGGCAAAGAGCAACACUCCCCUUCAUUGUUUAGCCCAUUCAUUAAAUCCAAGAUUUUAUAGUGAAAAAUGGCUUCAAGAGGGAGAAGGUAGAGUGCCUCCUCAUAUGGAUGGAGAAGUAUCAACUGAGAGAAUUAAAUGCUUUAGGAGGAUUUUUUCUAAUGAAGAUGAACAAAUUAGAGCAAAUGAUGAAUUUGCAAAUUUUUCUUUGAAAAGUGGACCUUUUGCUGAUCCUGAUUCUAUUGGAAGUAUGUAUGUUACAGAUCCUAGGAAAUAGUGGGCAUGUUUUGGUUUUAAUGCACCUUUACUUCAAAGGUUGGCUUUUAAAGUGCUUGGACAACCUACUUCCUCCUCUUGUUGUGAAAGAAAUUGGAGUAUUUAUUCCUUCAUUUAUUCAUGCAGAAGGAAUAAAUUAACUCCAAAACGUGCAGAGGACUUGGUUUUUAUCCAUAAUAAUCUUCGUCUUCUAUCGAGAAACUCCUCCCAAUAUUAUGAUGAGAAGACAAAAUUGUGGGAUGUUGGUGGUGAUCAAUUUGGGAGUAUUAAAGAUGUGGGAGUUCUUGAAUUUGCCAACCUUUCAUUGGAUGAACCAGAGUUAGAGUCUGUUUUGUUUGAUGAAAAUGCAACUACAAGCAUGGAGAAGGAGAAUGAGAAAGACAGUGAAGUUGAGGAAAUGUCAUAAAUUUCAUUAUCUUUUCUUUUUUAACAUUUGAAUGUGUUGUAGUUAAUAUUUAUUUCUUAUAAGUAUGAAACUUCUAAAUAUGUAUUUUUAUAGUUGAAUUUAAAUGUUGAUUUGAACUUUAUUUAUUAUUAAACAUCUUUCAUGAUAUAUAUAUAUAUAUAUAUAUAUAUAUAUAUAUAUAUAUAUAUUUAUUUAUUUAUAAAUAUACCCCUAUAUUUUUUAUAUUUACACGUUUCCCCCACGUUUCCGUUUCCUAUGUUUUUUAAAAUGCCAUUUCCCCGUGUCCGUUUCCGCGUUUCCCCGUGUCCGCGUUUCCGUUUCCGUGCUACAUAGGUUCAAUCAGAAACUGGUACCCUUAUCAGCCGAAGGAAAUUUAUCUUAGAUGUUUUGAAGGACACUGGCAUGAGAGCAGCUAAAGCAGUGUCUAUGCCUCUUCAUAAGGGUCUUCACUUAGCACCAGAUGAUGGAGAGUUAUUGGCAGAUCCUGAUAAGUUUUGAAGACUUAUUGGGAGACUUUUAUAUGUGAACAUCACCAGGCCUGAUAUUACUUGCUCUGUGCAACAUUUGACAUUCAUGGCUGCUGAUAGGAAGCCCCAUUGGGAUGCAGCAUUACAUUUGCUUCUUUAUCUCAAAUCUUGUCCUUCCAAGGGGCUUUAUUUCCUUGUGCAUUCUGAUCUUAAGCUCAGCACAUUUUGUGAUGCAGAUUGGGGUUGUGUAUUUUCUCGCAAGUCACGGGGUUUGCAUUUUUCUUGGUUAUGCUAUGAUUAGUUGGAAAACAAAGAAGCAGAACACUGUUUCUAAAAGUUCAGCUGAAGCUGAAUACAGUAGUAUGGCUACUACUGUUUGUGAAUUGUUAUGGAUUUCUUAUAUUCUUUGUGAUUUGCAGGUCAUUGUUUAGCUUCCUCUCUCCUUGAAGUGUAAUAAUUAAGCAGCUAUUCAUAUAGCUAAUAACCCUGUUUUUCAUGAAAGGACUAAGCAUUUGGA